AUGAAACCUUCCAAUUGUUUAGGAAAAGGAUUUGUUCUCCUCAAUCUCAUACAUAUCUCUUUAUGCUUUACUGAUUACACAGGUUAUCGCCUUGUAAGAUUUGAUGCAAACGCCGAUGUUGCAAAAUGGCUUGAGAAUGAAGAAGAAUUCGGUUACAACAUAGAUACGGUUCAUGGAAGUCGUCGUACGCUGGUAGAUGUUUGGGGUGAACCUUCUAAACCUAAAGGAGUGGCGGAUGUCUUGGUUGCUCCAGAAAUCUACAACGACUUCGUCAAAGACUUGAAGAGGAAAGGUGCAGAUAACAUACAGAUCCUUCGUAACGACAUCCAAGAAGAUAUCCGUAGAGAGCGAAGAUCUUUAAAAGAAUCAGCCAAGCGUCGAAAGAGAUCAAUUCAGAGUUACAGUGACUUUGACAUCGAAGACUUCCAUUCCUACGAUGAGAUGGUUCAAUUCAUGAGACGUUUGUCAGAAGAAAAACCUGAACUUGUCACUUUGAUGAACGUCUCCAGAUCAUCGGAAGGUCGUAUGAUUUAUGGAGUGAAGAUUGGAACUUCUAAUGGCAUGCGACCAGCUAUCUUCGUUGAUGCAGGAAUUCAUGCAAGAGAAUGGAUAGCCCCCGCUGCUGCCUUAUACAUGAUCAAAGCCUUAGUUGAUAAGUAUGGAAAGGAGAAUAAGAUCACGCAAUCAAUCAAUAAAUUCGAUUGGUUCAUCGUUCCUGAAGUUAAUCCGGACGGCUAUGAGUACUCUCGAUCAACGGAUCGUUUGUGGAGAAAGACAAGAUCAAGAAAUGUGACAGUAAACAGAUGGUGUGUAGGAGCUGAUGCCAAUCGCAAUUGGGGUUUCAGAUGGGGCGAAGCUGGAGCUAAUCGUCAACCUUGUUCAAACAUUUAUGCGGGAAGCAGCCCAUUUUCAGAACCUGAAAUCAGAGGUCUCCGCGAUUUCCUGAAUUGGAAAGUUCCGCAACUAAUCAUCUACACGAGUUUACACUCUUAUGGACAACUUCUCUUGGCCCCCUGGGGAUACACUGCAGAGAAAACAAAUAAUUUCCAGGACCAGAGAGCAGCCGCACGCGUUGCUGUAGAAGCCAUGAGAAAUGCCACUGGUGUACAAUAUAAAUUUGGAACCAUUUCUGAGUUGAUGUACCCUGCAUCAGGUACAAGUAUUGAUUACUUGCAACAUAAGGGAGUUCCCUAUAUUUACGGAAUAGAAUUACGUCCAUUAGAUUCAGACAAUAGUUUUGCAUUCAAUUUACCCGCUACAUUCAUAAAACCAUCCGGUGAAGAGAUGUUAGCUGGCUUAAUAGCAAUGGGUGAGUAUGCCGUAAAGCAUAAGCGACUAUGA